AUGGCCAGCACCAAGGAGAAGGAGGAGGCAUUCCUGACACAGCCAGGCCAGAGGACGAUGGUCUUGCAAGUCAAAGAGGAGAACUGCAGCUUGGUGUGUAAAAGGAGAGAGAUCAAGACGGAGAAUUCCCACCAAGGGGAAGCUGUGCCAGAGGGAAUGUCCCAGGGGAACGUUCCUUUUUUAGCUGAGAUUGCAGAGCAAAAGGGUGAGUCCAAAGGAGACCAGGAAACAAAUGAAUUCAGCAAUCUCCCAGAAGUUCCCUUUAGUGAAAACACAACACAGUUUGGAGUGGAAAAGCCCUUCUCCAAUCAUGGGAGGAACAACCAGGACAGUUUGGGUCUGGGCACGCUAAAUGCCGAAGAAGGUCCUUAUGAAUGCCCCGUGCGUGGGGAGAGCUUCCAGCGAGGAUCUGCCCUGGCUGAACACCAGAGGAGGCACAUGCAAGAGGAAGCAUACAAAUGGUCUGAGGGCGAGAAGCCCUUUCCCCAGCGAGAGAUCUGGUGCGGCAUCGAAGGAUCCACACCGAAGAGAAACCGCACAAGUGCUCCCACUGUGGGAAAAGCUUCAGCCAGAGGACCAACGGUGAGUCACCUGCGAAUCCACACCGGAGAGAGGCCGUAUCAAUGCUCCCAGUGCGGAAAAGGCUUCCGGUGGCAACUCCAUUUGAAGAGGCACCAGAAGAUCCACACGGGAGAGAAGCCUCACGAAUGCUCGGAGUGCGGGAAAAGCUUUUCCCGGAGAGAUACGUUACUCAAUCACCGGAGGACCCACACAGGGGAGAAGCCGUACGAGUGCCCUGAUUGUGGGAGAAACUUCAACCACCCGUGCAACUUAAUUGAACAUCAGAAGACGCACACAGGGGAGAAACCGCACGAAUGUCCUGAGUGUGGAAAAAACUUCUCCCGGGAUACACUGAUCAAGCACCAGAGAACUCACACGGGAGAGAAGCCUUAUGAAUGCCGCGAGUGUGGGAAAAGUUUCCAUCAUCCUUGUCGGUUGAUGGACCAUCAGAAGAUCCACACAGGAGAGAAGCCUCACAAAUGCCCUGAGUGCGGGAAGAACUUUUCUCGGCGAGAUACGCUGAUCAAACACCAAAGGACCCACGUGGAGGAGAAGCCUUAUGAAUGCCCCGAGUGUGGAAAAAGCUUCAUUCAGAAGAAGGCAUUCAUCAGACAUCAGAUAAUUCAUUUAGGGAAUACGUCCAGCUAA